CAUUUCCACGAGGCUCUGUUGCGCUUCACCCUCUUUCUCUCUCUAUCCAUCGCCAUGUCCGAAGCUACUGACCAAUCUUCCUCAUUGCCGGUAAAAGAUCCACUCUUGAUCCGUCCCCGUCGCGAGCCCUUUGAGCAUGGCCUCCUCCCCAUUCCCAAGCUCGUUUUCUCCGACCCCAUCCAAACCCUAAUCCCUCUCAAGCAAAAGCUUCUUCAGGCUUCCCCUUCCCACCGUCUCAACUCCUCCGCCAUUUCCGAAUCCCUCCAGAUCUCUAGUGACCAUGCUCGCCUCGUCCUCGACACUCUCGCUUCCGUUCUCCACUCCGACUCCGACCCCCUCGUCAAUGCUACUCCUGACGAAGUCGAUUCUGUUGGCGUCGAUGUCCUUGAUCUGCUUCUCUUCUUGUAUAUUCAGUCUUACAAGAGGCUGCUUCCUAGAUCGCAUAAGGAUUCCGCUGCUGUUGCCGAUGUCUGGCCUUCCACUUCUGCUUUUGAUGGCUACUUGUCUGCCCUUUCGCCCUUGCAGCUUGUGCGCAGCAACAGCCGUCGACUUAUGCCAUCACAGGCUGAUGAAGAGGCUCACCAAUUAUCAUAUUUACAAAAGCACUUGCCCAACAUUCUCUCUCUCUUGGCAGAGAGUGUGGAGGAGGAAGGCGAGGAAUCUUUGGUUUUAUCCGUUGAAAGAUUUGAGCACCUUGGAUUUUUGGUUCAAUUCGGUGAUAAAGGAUCUGAUGGAAUGCAACUGAGCCAACAUACUCCAUUUUUUGCCAAUUCUGAUCCUGAUAUGCCUGCCGUUCCGGUACCGGCAGCUCAAGUGUUGGACUGGAUUUUGCAAAACAUCGCAUCUGCUUUAGAUAAUAUUUCAGAGAGAGCUUCUCUUAAAGAAAAUGGACCAUCUGGUGCAUCUGACCCAGAUGUUGCUAUGGCUGAUGCAUCCACAAGUUCAGUGAAUAGGACUAACACUAGCAGGGGUCCUAGUUAUAUUGAGGGCAUUUCUAAGUCUUCUCUUGUGAAGCAAGCCUCUGAUCUCAAAGGUUCUUCUGUGAAGGUGCUUAACUGCCAUGAAUCUGUCAUUUACAUAUUAGCACCUUUGAGAUAUGCCACAAUAUAUGGAUGUUCUGAUACUACUAUCGUUCUUGGAGCAGUUGGAAAGGCUGUAAGAGUCGAACAUUGUGAGCGAGUUCAUUUAAUAACAGUUGCAAAAAGAGUUUGCAUUGCAAAUUGUCGAGAGUGUUUGUUCUUUUUGGGGGUAAAUCAACGACCGCUGAUUGUUGGUGAUAAUCACAAGUUGCAGGUAGCACCAUAUAAUACAUUUUACUCUCAAUUGGGAUCCCACAUGAGUGAAGUUGGCAUCGAGGCAGCUCUGAACAGAUGGGACGAACCACUUGCCCUUGGAGUUCUAGAUCCUCAUGAUUCAUUAUCUCAUCCUGCGGGUGUCUCUGAUGUACAAACUGAGACUGCUACAUGUCUGGAUCCUGACCAGUUCACUAAUUUUUUGAUUCCAAACUGGGUUUCUGGUGAAUUUCCUGGAGCUACGGACUGCAAUCCAUUCCCAUUACCAGAUGCUUAUUUGGCCUCUCUUGAGAGGAAUAAAAAGUCGUUGGGGGAAGUGCUGCAAAUAUUGAGAGAAACCCCACUUGAAGAGAACCGCAAACGAGAAUUAUCAUCUGCACUUCAUGUAUACUUCAAAGACUGGCUAUAUGCUUCAGGGAACAUCCGUCAGCUUUAUUGCUUACAAGGUGACUGAUUGAUUGGGACGGGAAAACGUGGGUUUUACAGUCAAAUAUGAUGGUAAAGGCAAGGAAAAGUUCUUUUUUUUUCCCCCAUCUGUUUCUAUAUUAAAUUGUCAACUAGUUGUUUCCGCCAAUUCCUUUUUGGUACUCUACUUGCUAUGAGUAGCUGAGAGCUAACCC